AUGCUCAGACAUCUGAUUAAUAAGGCUCUCACUACUAUCAAGAACCUCUUUAACAAGUCUCUUAGCUCAUGUCGACUUCCAGUAGCCUGGAAACUGGCCAAUAUUCAACCUAUUCCCAAACCCGGCCCUCAGCUAACUUUCAGACCCAUUUCACUACUGUCUUGCAUGAACAAAUCCAUGGAAAGGGCAAUACUCGCUUAUAUGAUACCACGCCCUCACCAUCAUACAUUUGUCUUCUGUAAAGGUAUGGGUACAUCUGAAAAUCUUACCUACAUUCACAAUGCCAUCGAUGGGAAAGAUAGUAUCAUAGUCUUAGAUUUAGAAAAAGCUUUUGAGCUAGCAAACAAGGAAGCAACACCCAGUUUACUUGCUUGA